AUGAAAAUACAAUGCCCUAUGCCUCGAGCUAAACUUAGAACCGCUUGUUCUUUAAAGAAAGAAUUUUCCAUUGUGCUGGCAAAGGGCUGUGUUCAAGGACAUCAACCGGCAGCCCUCCACUCGAAGGCUGCAGGCUUUUUGCUCAUUAGUUAUAUUGUAACGGAGACUGUUGUCCGUCGCUUAUCACCUAUUUUCCUUACAAUUCCCUCCCGUAAUCUUCCCGGCGAGCUCGUAUUAGUGUGUGGUAUAGUCGCGUGUGCGCGUUCGUCGCACGACUUGUUGCACGCGGGUGGCUAUGCGCGUGUAGCGCUCCUGACUGUGGCUCGUCACGGCUUCGCUCGGCUGGUGGCCGCGCGCCACGCCAUCUGGCGGCUGCGGCGCUCCGGCUCUCAACCGACCCAGGACACCAAUGACCAUGAACAUACCAACCACCUAUGCGAUGAUGGUGGAGGCGGCGCGGCGACAGGGGGUCGUGCGGCAUCGCUGCGGCUCGCCAACGGCAGGGUUGCAGCACAAUCGGCAGAACAGCUGCCGCACUCGCCCGCGGACUGCGCGUCCGUCAGGAUCUCCAUUGACAACACCAACACGUGCUGCACGGACUCACUCGUCACCGCUCUCGAUGACGAGACGUUGUUACUAGGCGACGCCGAUAUGUCGCUGAAGCAAGGCAGCGGCACCGGCAAAGUCCACUUCGGUGGUUUGGACGAUGUGUCGUUGUACGGCACGCCAGUGGAACCAGCGCCCCCCGCGCCCGACGCCAAGCAAGGAUUCCUACGGAACCAACUGCAAGCACUCUUCCAGCCCACAGACAACAAGCUAGCCAUGAAACUCUUCGGAUCAAAGAAGGCGCUGAUGAAGGAACGCAUCAGACAGAAAGCGGCCGGACACUGGGUUAUACAUCCGUGUAGUAGUUUUAGGUUCUACUGGGAUUUAUGUAUGCUUCUGCUACUGGUCGCGAACCUGAUCAUCCUGCCAGUUGCCAUCUCAUUCUUCAACGACGACCUCAGCACAAGAUGGAUAGCCUUCAACUGUCUUUCGGACACCAUAUUUCUCAUAGACAUCGUUGUUAAUUUUAGAACAGGAAUAAUGCAGCAAGAUAACGCAGAACAAGUGAUAUUAGAUCCAAAGUUAAUAGCCAAGCACUAUCUGAGGACGUGGUUCUUCCUGGACCUCAUUUCCAGUAUACCACUAGACUAUAUAUUCCUAAUCUUCAACCAGGUAAACGAUUUUAGUGAAAGUUUUCAAAUUCUCCACGCCGGCCGUGCCCUAAGGAUACUUCGGUUAGCAAAACUCUUAUCUCUGGUGCGCCUUCUCCGACUAUCGAGACUCGUUCGUUAUGUGUCACAAUGGGAGGAAGUAUAUAUGAGCCCCGCUCCGCAGCCGAGCGACGAGCCGGUCUACACGGACGGCGGCGGCUCGCGCGACCUCGCCUCGCAGAUCUUGCAGAAUCUACAAAAAAAGCGCACGGAACGCAGGGGUCGGCUCAGCUCGGACGUUGCAAAAAAGAAGGGUGACACCAAAAGCAAUCUGAUCUUUAAGUUCCUUAAUAUGGCAUCGGUCUUCAUGCGGAUAUUCAAUUUAAUCUGCAUGAUGUUGCUGAUCGGUCACUGGUCGGGAUGCCUUCAGUUCCUCGUUCCUAUGCUGCAAGGAUUUCCACCGAACUCCUGGGUCGCAAUCAAUGAGUUACAAGAGGCUUUCUGGUUGGAGCAAUACUCUUGGGCGUUGUUCAAGGCUAUGUCCCACAUGCUGUGUAUCGGCUACGGUCGUUUCCCACCUCAGUCCCUCACGGACAUGUGGCUGACCAUGUUGUCUAUGAUCUCCGGAGCCACAUGCUACGCACUCUUCCUCGGUCACGCCACCAAUCUCAUACAGAGUCUUGACUCCUCACGAAGGCAGUAUCGUGAAAAGAAAUUGGAUGUUAAACAAGUUGAAGAAUAUAUGGCGUACAGAAAGUUACCGCGUGAGAUGCGUCAGCGUAUCACUGAAUACUUUGAACAUCGCUACCAGGGGAAAUUCUUCGACGAGGAAUUGAUUUUGGGCGAACUAAGCGAAAAACUACGCGAAGAUGUCAUCAAUUAUAACUGCCGGUCGCUGGUCGCCUCUGUUCCGUUUUUCGCUAAUGCCGAUUCUAAUUUUGUUUCGGAUGUUGUCACUAAAUUGCGAUAUGAAGUCUUCCAGCCAGGUGACAUCAUCAUUAAAGAGGGUACCAUCGGAAAUAAAAUGUACUUUAUUCAAGAGGGUAUAGUGGACAUUGUUAUGGCGAAUGGAGAGGUGGCGACCAGUUUAUCGGACGGGUCCUACUUCGGUGAGAUUUGCCUCCUGACCAAUGCCCGGCGAGUUGCUUCCGUCCGCGCCGAAACCUACUGUAACCUGUUCUCGCUGUCCGUCGACCACUUCAACGCGGUGCUCGACCAGUACCCUCUGAUGCGGCGCACCAUGGAGAGCGUGGCCGCCGAGCGGUUGAAUAAGAUAGGGAAGAACCCCAACCUGGUGGCGCACCGGGAAGACGACACUACGUCAGAGGGGAACACCAUCAACGCGGUGGUGAACGCCCUGGCCGCGGAGGCUGAACACGUCAGCCUCUCCGACGACAGCGUGGCGCGGCUGUCGGAACGCUCGCUAGGGCUGGCGCUGCAGCCUCUCCAAGCCGCGUCGUGCCGCAUGGCCGGUGUAGCGCUGCCCGGGCUGGGCGUGGCAGCCCUGCCUCGCCCCAAGUCCGAGCACGACUUCAGCUCCGCGCAGGCGCAGGCGCCGCCGCUGUCCUCGGCCGCCGCCUUCCACAAGUCGGACGCCGGCAUCGCCCCCUGA